GUUGUCAGUUUUGGGCAAAGUGAACAGUGAGGAAGAGGUAGUAGUGGGGAUGGGGGAGUAUAGUUAUUAAUAGUUUGUGUAUACAUAAUUAAUUAAUUCAUAAGGCAAUGUUUAAACUGACUGCACUGUACCCCGUCCGUGCGAUUUUGAAAGUCAAAGUUGAAUCCCGGGCCGGAAUACAAUAUUAAAAGUACUAUUAUCCUCACAAAAGAAUUACUUUGUGAACCGUACUAUACUGAACUGAAGUGUGUAUGACGUAUCGGUUAAUCGACACUGUAACUUCGCUAUUUUAACAGUUUGAAUUUUUUUUUUUACUUUUCUCGAGAAAUUUGAGAAAAAUUGAAUGUUUUUUGUUAGUUCCAAGGGGGUUUUCUUUUGUUAGAAUCUCGUGUUUUUUUUUUUUUUUUGAACCACCGACAAAGGUGGCAGUGUGUUUUGGUGACGGCUAGUCGAUUACAUGUCGGGCAGAAACGGUGUGGUGGUGGUCCGUGGGGGAGGUUCGGGGUUACAGCCGCUGAGGGCCACAAUCCCCUUCCAGCUCCACAAACAACAGACUGGCAACAGGGAAUACAGCCGGGCAGGUACUACUGCUGGUGAGAAGACCAAAUCUCGCCCACCAAAGCCGAGAAUCAGACGCACCCUGUCUUUGGACACCAUCGUGGGCCCUUAUUUGCAGGGGCAGUGGCCAAGGGAGCUGGAAGGAUACGACCUGUACUUGAAUGACAAGGCUACUCAGACCCCCAGCUUUUGGUUUGAGGAUUCCCCUGGAAGGAAAGGCUCCAGCACCCACAAACGUUCUGCGUCCUGGGGCAGUGUGGAGCACCUACGGGAGAUUGCCAAGCUGAAGCAGCAGCGGAGCAGGCAGAGUGUGAGGAGCGGGUGGGAGAGAGAGCGCCACCCCCCUCUCCCUGGACACCACAGCCUCAGCACAGCGCAGGUGCCCUGCCUCCCGGGCCCCCAGACCCCCCUGUCUAGGCUGACCCCCCGUCUGCGUCGGAGUGUGGAGGGACUGAGCCUGGAGCUGGAGGGAGUCUUUGUGAAACAGCAGGCUGAGAAGGAGAUCGGCAGAAUCCUGGAUAUCCCCGAUGGUCACCGCGCUCCAGUCCCUGCCCAGCACUACAGCAGUGGCUGUCGGAGCGAGUCCUCCCCUGCACACCUGUCCCCCUCCCCCUCCCCCUCGCCCUGCCUUGGCCCUGUGAGGGACACUGCUCCAGAUCUGGACAGAGGUGCAGUGUCAUGCAGCAGCCUCUGCAGCGCCUCUCCCCCAGACAGUGGCUGCCCCUCUCCUGUGCUUCUCUUCUCCUCCUCCCCCAGACCCAACAACAGCUACAGCUUCAAGAGGGAGCCUCCUGAAGGGUGCGAGCGAGUGCGUGUCUGCGAGGAGACCAAACCUCCCUGCCUCAGCCAGGAUUUCCUGCACUCCUGUCCUGACAAAAACAAGGUGAACUUCAUCCCCACGGGCUCCGCCUUCUGCCCAGUCAGCCUCCUCAAGCCCCUCCUCCCCUCCAUGGACUUCCUGUUCCGCAGCCUCUCCGUUUCCCCAAGCGGGGGUGGUGCAUCCUGUCCGGCGGGGGCUGCGGGCGGCUACCUGGGUCCGGCCAUGUGAACCAGCUAUUCCAGCACAUGGGAGGGAUCACGAGGAGCCUACUGUCCAGCAAAGAGGCAGAGGAUACUACACUACGGCCAGCUCUGUCUGAGCACAGAACUGGGGGCUGACGAGCCUCAUUUGAGGCAUCAGAGUAUAAAUGCACUUAGCUGUUUUUUUACAUGUAUUGUUGAAGCAGGAAAGGGGAGAGAGAGAGGGAAUCUGUGUCGACGCAGAUACACUCAUCUUUCCUUGAUCAACAUUUUAGAACUUCAAGAGGUACAGAACAAUGCAGCAGGCUUGUGGGUUGUCUUUCUCCCCAAUCUGCCCACAAGUCAAAUGACAAAUAUGACCUGAUCUAAAACGCAGCUAGCAAGGGUAGUGGGGUCUUCCAGCACUUAGUGUUAUACAUAAAAUAGUUUCUGUUGUAUUUUCUCCAAGUCUCUUAAAUGUCAAUUGGGGUAGAAGGGGGGUGAGGAGAAUACCAGUACCAUUUCAGAUGGAUUGUCAAAACCAUUUUGUAUAGACUGCAGUAACUAGCUAUACCGAACAUGGUUAUAUGCACAGCACAUGUGUACAUUGUAUUUGUCUUUUACGUCGGUGUCACAUUUUUAUUCAUAGCCUAACCCCCCUCUCCCCAAGCCAGUACUUGUUAUGAAAUAGUGCUUACUGGCUCAUCAUUUUUCUAUCUGGUUUGUUGGUAUGAGAACUGAAUAUCACCUAAAGAAAAGUGCAUGUUUUUUUUUUAAAAUGUGCUGAUCAGUAAUUCAGUGUAAAAUUCCCAUUGCAGCCAAGCUACUGAUGCUCUUUCUACUCCACCAAAGUCAAGUACUUUUGAUGCACGCCUUUGUGGCUACUGUUACUUGGUUCUAAAGCUUAUUUGGGGAAAGCUUAUCAAAUAACUGACAAUGUUACAAAAUGUAUGUAAGGCUGUAAAAGAUAUGCAUUGUCCACUGGCUAGGUAUUGCUUGAUGCCACUAGUGAAGAGAAAUUUGUAUAGAUUCCUGUUAAUAUUUUGCACUUGUUAACAAGGUUAUAGUUUGCAUGUGGUUGAAAUAGGUGUGUUAAUUCACAGUUCACUGCAUAUGCUUUUGAAAGCAGGAAGGUUAAAUGCUCAUUUACAUUAGAUGAAAGGUGUCUUACUGGCAGAAUAUUCCUGUGCUGUUUUAAGUCCUUGGUGUUUUGAGUCCAGUGACAGAUUUGAUAUACCGUAUGCUUUUCAAAUAUAAAUACAAAUCUGUUUCGAGCCAGCUAGCAAUGUAAUUGUUUUCAUACACAGCACUGUUUAAUUCUGUGGUCCCUUCUCGAUUUAGUUUAAUAUGCAUUGCUUCUACUCUCCUUAACUGGAAACUUGCAUUACAUCAUUUAACUUUCCCCUUGGCUGUUUGCACAUGGGAAGCCUUUAACUUCUAACACUCCAAUGAUACAUUCAGAGGUAAAACUAGAAGGAAUUCAAUCCUAUAGACAAAUGUUUUAACGAUUGCCUUAAUCCAUGAUUUACAAAGUGGCCCUGCUAGUCAGCCAUUGAUUCACUGGUUGAUUUUGGAUUCUAGCACAAUGUGUGAGUGUGUUUGAACUUCAUGCUCGUCCCAUCUGUGCUGGGGUUAAGAACUACAAAGAUGACCAACAUGAACGGUGAUCUAUGUUUGAAAUCCUGUUAAAAGGACCGAAACGUGCCCUGGCAGCAUAUACCCGAUAUGCAGCAUGGCUGGGGAAUGAAGAUCGGGGUCUUUGUUUCCUGUGUGCUAUUCACUUUUUAAAUGAGGUGUACUAAACAAUUCCUCAAGUGAGUACAAGACUCCUCCAAAGUAAUCCUUAUUUUAACAUGAGAAGCUGUCACACAGUGACCCUUCUGUAAACAUCGGAUGAAAGCAAUGCACAAACAAUACAAAACUGAGCACUUUCAUUGGGCCUGGCAGGUAACAGCAGUUCCCACAAAUAAAAGCUUUACAAAUGUUAGAUUUUUUUUUUUUUUUUU